AUGUCCUUUCCUAAGCUGACAACCCCUGCACCCGAGGGUCCAACUCUCAUGCCUCCGUCGGUCGAACAUUCGAAGGCUCAGCGCCAACAGCGACAGCAAUCGCGCUUUCGCGAUCGAGGAGGUACAUUUACACCAGCCCCCACAAACACCCUGGUCAAUAUCCUCCUCGCACGCGGCAUCACCGGAAGGUCUCCCUCUCCGAAGCGCCCGCGUCGCUCCCUCAUUCCCCCUGUCACCACUUCCCCAGACGCCCGUGACCGUCGUGCAACUCCCCUACGCACCUCGCCGCGCAAGCAAGCUACUGUACCGCGCAAAUCCGGCACGUCAAGGAAGUCCAUAGGCGCUACUGCCCUGGAGAGGGUGGAGUCUCCGGUUUCGCCCAUCAAGACCGCCGUUUCUGCGAAGAAGAAGCGCAAGUCCGACGCGCGAGAGAAGGAGGAGGUAGAUGAGGAUGGGCAGGUGGCGAAGAAGAGGCGCGUCGGGAUCACCAAGGCAGGGGCGAAGGGAAAGAAGGCGCGCGGGAAGAAGGCGGCUGCCCAGGCGGAUGAUUCUGACGAUGAUAUGACCCUCGUCGAUUCGGCAGCUGAAGCGGGUUCCUCCCGUAAAGCCACUGCCUCGAAAUUGAAGUCGACAACAUCGAAAUCUACGAAGAACAAAACCAAGGCCAAAGUCCUAGGUAGUGGAACCUCCACGAAUUCAAAAUCUACGAAACCCAAGGACAAAGCACCAGCCAAGAAAGCUCCCCGUGAAGUCGAAUCCGAAGAUGAAGACGAUGAUGCGCUCCCUGCGUCGAAAGCCAAAGCGGCUACGAAGGGCAAGGACAAGGAAAGGAACGUCGAAUCAAAACCCAAGAAGCGCCCACGCACCGCCGAGUCCGAUGAUGAGGACUCGAGGGCGGACCGGCCACCUGUCAAACAUGCUCGCGCAAGCGAUGAUAGCGACGAUGACACUCCUCAACCCCCGCCCUCUACAUCGAAGUCUAAAGAUGUUCCUUCCGCUAAGGCCAAGUCGAAAGCAAGUACGGAGUCUAAGUUAGCGGCAAAAACCAAGUCAUCGUCUGUUAGCAAGGGCAAGAAGAAUGCAGCGCAGCCCGACCCGGAGAGUUCUGACGAUGAGCCUGCUGUCGUCCACAAGAAAGCCUCCAAAUCUGCCUCGGAUAUGCCUUCGAUUGCUCCCGCUUCGACCUCGGAACGUGCACGCGCACCCUCUCCGCCCACGCCUGCACGAAAUCGCAACCCUGAGCCCAAGUCAGAUGGCAAAACUUCAACCAAAGCCGCCGUGAAGAAGCGUGGAGCGGCCAGCGCUAGUAACGACGAGAGAGGGACUGAGGAGGAGCGGGUGGAUGCCGGGGGUCGCAAGACCAAGGAGGGCAAGGCUGUGGCUGCGGAGAAGGAGGGCGCCAGGGAGGCAAAGAAGCAGAGAGAGCUGUCGAUUAUUCAAGAGGCGGACGAAGACGAGGAAGAGCAGGACGAGCCUGCACCGAAGCCCAAGGCGACGACCGCGCCCGUGCCCGCACCUGUACCUGCUCCUGUGACUCGCGAAGAGGCGAAGUCCAAGGUCAAGAGCAAAGCCAACGGCAAGGGCAGGAGCAAGGAGCAAGAUGUCGCAGAGCCGGAAGCAGAGCGACCACGUUCCCCCUCUCCACCUCCCGAGCCAGUGCUUAAACUCGCGUCGAAGUCACGAGCGAAGAAAGCUACUUUGGCUGCUACUGCAGACGAUCAGGAGAAGCCCACCAAGAAGAAGCGCUCGAAGGCGAAGGCGGAUGGCGAGUCAUCUCAUCGCCGCGAGGACGAGGGCGCAGAGCCUGAGGAGUCCGACGCCGUUCCAGCGCUGAGCAAGGCGGCGUCGAAGUCGAGCAAGGGCAAGGGUAAAGCUAAAGAGACUACGAGGUCCGUUGAUGCGGACGAAGAACCCUCAGCCGGCGACCUCGUCCCCGAAUCCGAGCCCGAGCCCAAGUCAAACGCAAAGUCAAAGGCAUCGUCGCGAAGGAAGCCUGCCUUGAAGACCAAGAAACCCGUCUCAUCUUCUGGUGCCGAGAAGCCCCCGUCGCGCGCGAAGAAACCUUCAUCGUCGCUCGGCGUCGGCAAGCCCUCAGGUGGGAAAGGCGGGAAGAAGCCAGUGUCGUCGUCAGGGGCCAUACCCAGAUCGCGGGCCCCGAGCCGUGGGCUACCGCCAGAAGUAAGGGCACGGAUUGCGUCGGGCACGACGCAGGCGCGCGGGGACGAGACGGACGGCGAGCCAGAUCCGAUUGAUUUUUUGUCGUAGAUGUAGACAUGUUCAGCUUUCUUUCCAAGUCUCCCAGUUCUGAGAACACUCUCGUUUAUCAUUGAGCACCAUUGGACAAUCAUGUAUUUAUCACUGCCGUGCAAAC